AUGAGCUACAAUCUCUUCCUCCUGGCUUUUGUCCUGGGUAUUGGUGGAGCUUUCCAAUAUGGGUUGCAGAUCUCCAUUAUCAAUUCUCCUGCUGAGUACAUCAAAAGUUUCAUUCAUGAGACCUGUCUGAGGAGAUACGGCUCUUCUCCCAGUGAAGAGAUGAUUACUUUGAUGUGGUCCUUCGUUGUGUCCAUUUACAGCAUUGGUGGGCUUCUGGGGUCCUUGUCUGCUGGAUAUUUGUCUGUUAGAUUUGGAAGGAAGAAGGCCCUGCUGUUUGCCAAUAUCCCUUCCCUUCUGAGUGCAGCUCUGAUGGGACUCAGCCAGCUGUGUGGAUCCUUUGAGAUGAUUAUCAUUGGAAGAUUAUUUGCUGGAGCGUGUGGAGGUUCAGCUCUGAACAUCCAUCUCAUGUACGCCGGGGAAAGUGCCCCGAGGAAUCUCCGCGGGCUGGUUGCUGUAACCGCUUCUACUGCCAUCGCCUUUGGAAAAUUUGUAGGAUUUGCUCUGGGCCUCAGAGAAGUUCUUGGAGUAGAUGCUCUCUGGCCAAUUCUCAUGGCAGUCAAUGCAAUUCCUGCCCUCGUUCUCCUUCUCACCCUCCCCUUCUUCCCAGACUCGCCCCGCUACCUGCUCAUUGACAAAAAGGACAAGGAGGGGUGCCUCAAAGCUGUGAAGUGGCUCUGGGGAGAUGGUGACCAUAUGGCUGAAAUAGAUGACAUGGUGGCAGAGCAAGAAGCCACCCGUGAGGAGAAGGCUAAGAGCAUGCGUGAUCUUUUUCGUGACAGACCUGUCCGCUGGCAGUUCAUCACUCUUUUCCUUGUUGCCUCAUGCACACAGCUAAUUGGCUCCAAUGUGGUUUAUUCUUAUGCAUACAGUGUCUUCAUAAAUGCUGGAAUCCCCCCUGCUCAAACCCGCUAUGUAUCCCUCGGAGUUGGGAUCACUGAGAUCCUCACCACACUGAUGUGUAGUUUCCUAAUUGAGCGUGCAGGAAGGAAGACACUGCUGUGGAAAAGCUACACUGUUAUGGCCUUAGCUUUAGGGCUCCUCACAGUCACGCUUUCACUACAGGAUUCCUUUUCCUGGGUACCAUACUGCUCUGUUGCACUCAUCUUUAUUUUCAUCAUGAGCUUUGGCAUUGGGCCAGCUGGAGUAUUAUGCUCCUUGCCCACAGAAAUAUUCAUUCAGUCAUACAGACCAGCUGCUUAUGUUUUCAAUGGUACUAUAAACUGGAUCCAACUUUUCAUCCUUGGACUUUUGUUCCCUUUCAUUGUGGAAGGUCUUGGUAGUUUCUGUUUCAUCAUUUUCUUGACAUACUGUCUGUCCAUGGCUAUCUUUGUCUUCCUGGUGAUGCCAGAGACCAAAGGAAAGACCAUACUGCAGGUCAUGGAGGAGUUCAACCACCUGAACUACCGUGGAAAGAAGAAACAGACAAUCCUAGAGCAGAGUAACUGCUCAGUGGUGACUGUUACUAGACUUUAA